AUAAAAAAAACAAAUCAAACUGUCCAAAAUGGCCGAGACAGAAACUGUUGAAAACAGUAUUAUUAGGCCAGAAAGAAAUAUAAAAAAUUCUGUUCUUAGCAAUGGCCCGCGUCGCGUUACAAUAUAUAAAACAGAGACGGGCUUUGGUUUUAAUGUGCGAGGUCAAGUGUCUGAAGGUGGACAGUUGAGGUCUAUAAACGGGGAGUUGUAUGCUCCUUUGCAACAUGUAAGCGCUGUUCUGGAGCAAGGAGCGGCUGAACAGGCAGGUAUCAGAAAAGGAGACAGGAUCCUUGAAGUCAAUGGAGUGAACGUGGAGGGAGCCACUCACAAGCAGGUAGUGGACCUGAUCAAGUCCGGUGGAGACUGUCUCACGCUGACCGUCAUAUCUGUCACACAAAAGGUGAACCAAUUGGAAGCAGAACGACUGGAGCCGGGUGACGAUGGCUCAGCGCCCGUGGGAGUAAUCGGAGGCGCCGCCAACUCCCGCGCGACAGUCUACCAGCGGUAUGACUACACGGACAAGCGGUCGCUGCCGGUGUCCGUGCCCGACUACCGCGUGGUGAUGGAGAGCUCGGGCCGCUCCUACGUGGCCUUCAACGUGCACAUGGCUGGCAGACAUCUGUGCAGCAGGAGGUACAGAGAGUUCGCGGCGCUGCAUCAGGUGCUGAGGAAGGAGUUCUUAGGAUUCAAUUUCCCGAAGCUACCGGGAAAGUGGCCCUUCACGCUGAGCGAGCAGCAGUUGGAUGCCAGAAGACGUGGACUCGAACAAUAUUUGGAAAAGGUGUGUGCGGUGAGAGUGAUAGCGGAGUCGGACGCGGUGCAGGAGUUCCUCACCGACUCCGAUGACUGCAGCAAUCCUUCGCCAGUCGAGCUCAAGGUGCUCCUGCCGGACAAGGAGGUGGUGACGGUGUCAGUAGUGCGGUCUACCAACGCGGAGGACGUGUACCGCGCCGUGGCCGACAAGAUCGGGCUGGCGCGACACGUGCAGAAGUACUUCUACCUGUUCGAGAUCGUGGAGUACAACUUUGAGCGCAAGCUGUGUCCUCACGAGUGUCCUCACUCCAUCUACAUCCAGAACUACUCCACGGCCAACAGCUCGUGUCUGUCGCUGCGCAAGUGGCUCUUCAACCCGGACGUGGAGGCCGCUCUCAUCAAACGCGACGAGAAGGCCGCGCAGUUCAUAUUCUGGCAGGCGGUGGAGGAUGUGAACCGCGGCGUGGUGUCGGCGGGCGCGCGUCUGUACCAGCUGAAGGCGCUACAGGAGCCGCGCCGCGCUCUGGACUACCUGGCGCUGGCCCGCGCGCUGCCGGGCUACGGACAUCUGGCCUUCCCGCCGCCCGCGCCGCUGUCGCUGGGUACGAUAUGGUCGGCCGUCAAGCUAAAGAAUAGAAUAUUAUUUUAUAAUUUAGAUUUUUUUUUUGUUUAUUUACAAUCCCUUACAAUAAUACACACAAAUAUAGAAAAGUAGAACUAAAUGUAGUGAUUACUUACAAAUAAACACAGCAUGCACAGAAGUAAUUAAUUUUAGGUAUUAUAUACAAUAAGUUACAAAUAAAACAUUUUCUUUAAAUUAAUAAAUGAGUUUUACACAGUUACAUCAAUUUUCCAAUUAUAACAUUAUUAAAGAUUACCAAUGAUGCUGCAAAUGGUCUUGCGGAAUUUGGCUAAGGAAUCAGCAAAUAUAUCAAUAUCAGCUAUGCUAUAAGAAUUUAAAAUUUUACAUAAUCGAGGGACUGGGGAAUUGGUACCUAGAAUCGUUCGACGAAGUGGAGGACAAAGUGGAGUAAUAGGCUUACGUGGAAUUCUUACUGGUACUCUUAGACCAAAUUUAUUUAGCAGUUCGGAACAGUCGAUAAAGUCGUUCAAUAGUUUAUGAGUAAACAGAAGAUCCAGAAGUUCUCUACGUUCAAAUUUUAAUGCGAAUGAGAAGACAAUCGAAUAGUUAUUUGAAUAACGAUACUGAUUUGAGAAUGAAGUAAAGUUAGAACGGUCAGCCUUCGGCUUAUAUUUUAUAUUUAAUAAAGUUAUGAGUACAUAAUCUAUAUUUAUAUAAAAUAUGGUAAAAGAAUAUACGUAUUAAAAGUGGAAGAAUGUUUUAUUGUACAACGAUCCCGCGUGUAAAGGAGGACUCGCGCGUUACAAUACCGAGAGAGCUCACUAUCUAACAUAGGAAUUGAACUAAAAAUCAAUGGAAUAAGAUCUGUAGGCCUAUUCUCGUAAGUUAUGUCAAAAGAUUUCACUUCGUUUUCUUGUAACACAAAUUGACGGUUCAACUCCGAUUGUGAUAAAGUUACGUUCCAAUGUAGGGAAAUUGCACGAUGCGUAUUCUCGUAAUAAGAUAGAACUUCAAUUGUUGGGAGAUGUUUAUUUUGCAAAAUAAACAUCUCCAACAAAACAAGUUAGUAUUCAAUACCAGAAAUCAAUUAAUGAAAACAGGAGCCUUUUGACUAAUUCAUGUUUUACUUAUUCAAAUUGUUAUAUAAACUGGUUUAAAAACUCAAUAUCUUUGAAAAAAACGUAUACAACGUGUGCCCGCUAAACAAGCAAGUUUAUAGCUUAAAAUCCUAACUUUUAUCUACCGCUUUUUCCACCUUCAUCUUGAUGCAUGGACUUCGGAAUCAAGAUAAUUUUACUAUGUACUUGGUCCGUUUAUGAUAUUUUUGUGCCAAGUUUUUUUGAGACAACCUAAGCCAGCUGUGCCGCAAUCUUCAAGAACAUAAUUUCCUGUAAUAAUAUUGUUGUAAUUCACUUUUUUUCUGUCUGUAAAAAAAAACAUUUUAAAUAGUGGGACGAAACAGGAAUAAAAAUCAACAUGGGAUGAAACAGGAAUGUGGGACAAAAACCCGGGGCGAAACAGGAACAAAUCAAAAUAAUUAAAGCUGUGAAACAACCAUAGGACGGGACAAAUGUCAAGGUAUAAAAAAAAUGAUGAUAAUCGCCAGAUUUCUUUGAUUUAAAUGAGAGCAGUGCGUCUUGUACAAAAUCUUUUGCUGUACCUGCGUGGCAAAUGAUAAGGCGAACCUUUUCCAAUUGGUGCUGCGAAGGUGGAAGCAUCAGCGUCGUGAGUCCUGGAUACGGUGUGGUUAGCGUUAGGCUAUGUUUCAUCCGUAUAUAAUUUGUCCAAUCAUGAAUUUUUUGCCUCUCUUAAAAAGUCACAUCGUGCCAAAGCAUUAUCUGUGUGUUCCGUUAAUAUUUACUUUUAUCUGAUUUUUAUACGAUAAAAAGGAAAAAAAUACUUUGGCCAAAGAAUAUUUUUGACAACAAAAUAGACUACUUCAAAGAAACAAUAAGUUUUGUUAAAGUUGGAAUUUUUUUCGAUAGUAGUCAUAUACAUACAUGACGACGAAUGGCGUCAGCGUCAAAAUCGUCAACUGCUGUCAUGAAUUUGUAGCACUAAUUGUCUCGAUUGCCCUUUCGACACACUUCUUUUCGGCAUUUUCACGAUUUAUUAAUUCAGCCCAUCGAAGGACACCUAAAGGUUUUACCCUGGAGUAAAACAAGUCAACUCGAGGUAUAAAAAAUGCGAGAGAACAUUCACCGAACGUAAAUGCGUAUGACUAGCACGGGCGUUUGUUGCGAGUGAUAAACUAUGGUAAAAAUGGCGGCAGGUUGGACGGUCGGUUAAUGUUCCUAGUUGACGUAUAUGUCGGCGUUACGCCAGGGUUUCCUUGAAUUGUCCAUUAUGAAGAAAUACAACACCACUAAGAAUUUCUCAGUUUAUUGAAGCACAACUGCUAGCAUAGAUAUGAACCGUCUUUACAUAAAAUAACCGUUUUUAUAGCUUCUGUACAAUAGAUGAAACAGAGUAGAUACAACUUCUUUUAAAACAUAAAUAAAAGUAGGUAUUGUAAAAUAAUUCCUAAAUACAGCUCAAUAAAUGUUUCAGUGAAUUUAUAUAACUUCAAAUGAUUUAUAUAAUAGCGUAUGCAUUUAAUUUGAACAAACAUUACGAAGUAAGAAGAUGUCGCUGCAAGCAAGUUUCGAAAUACAAUUAAGAAAGACUUAUUGCAUAAAAUAAUAAAGCUUGAUACAGAAUAACGAUAUUAAUUCGAAUGCAUUAAACAUUUACACAUUCAAUUAAGUAUUUUAACAAUAAAU